AUGGGAAGAACUCUGCCCACGCCGGUGUCUUGCAAAGUGUGCGGUGAUCGAUCAUACGGUAAACAUUACGGUGUUUAUUGCUGCGAUGGUUGCUCGUGUUUCUUCAAGAGAUCUGUGCGUCGCGGCGCCUUGUUUACCUGCACAAAUAGCGAUGGCUCUUGCACCGUUGACAAAGCUAGACGAAAUUGGUGUCCGCAUUGCCGUCUAAAAAAAUGCUUCUCCGUUGGCAUGAAUACAGCAGCGGUACAGGAGGAACGAGGACCUCGCGUUCGAAGUAACGUACUCUCAAAUCCGCAUAAUUCUAGUCUCACCUGGAAGCCUACAGUCGAUUCAUCGACGACUCUUUGUGCACGCUUUAACAAUUCCGAGAUAUACUUGCCCUUUAAAAAUCCUGCACUGAACAACACUUUAAUGAUGAAGACAUUACACGAGUCUGAAACUGGAGAGAAUAUAUUCUUACCUGUUAUGUCACGUCAUAUACAACCGACAAGAAUUAUAUCGCCUGGCACAGCUAUACAGUACGAAAUAUCUGCGCAAAUAUUUCUGGCGGCUGUUCGAAGUGCACGUCGACACCGAGACUUCUUAAUGCUGAACGUGGAGGAACAAAAUAAAAUUCUCCGUCAUGGAUGGUCCGCUCUCUUCGUUCUACGCGCGGCCACGUGGCCGAUCGAUCUGAUGAACAUACGAGGACAAGAUACGACGAAUAACGACGGUGCGACAGCAUGCUUGACCGCGGCGCGCACCGCGAUUGCAAAACUGCAACUCGAUGAUGUCGAAUUAUGCAUUUUGGAUACAUUCGCGCUGUGUCGUCCUGAGAUUACCAAUACCACCAAUAGUUUCCGCGUAAUGUCACAAGCGCGAGAUAACGCCGUAGAGGCAUUAAUACUACAUCUUCGACAUCGUGAUGAUCGCGAUAACAAAUUGGCCAAGAUUCUAUUUGUCCUACCUAUUCUUACCGGAUGCUGCCCUCGGGAAUUGGCCGGGGAAUUAUUCGCGCCGAUUAUCGGCGAUGCAGAUCUAGAAAGAGUCAUCGCGUCUGUGCGAUAAGUUCACUGUAACAAUGAAAUACUUAAAAUAUGUAUUGUAAUC